UUGAAGGCGUGUGUCCUCCUCACUUCUCCAUUAUCUUCUCCCUCACAUUAAUAAUAUAAUAUUCUCUAUCUUAUAACAAUAUUCUUAUAUUUAUCAUUUCUUCCAUGGCAAGCAAUCAAGCAGUUAUAUCACUAAACAACACCAAAUUUCCUCUUGCCAUAUCCAAUAAUAAUGAUCUCGAGCACCCAUCAGCAACAACAACAACAAACCUAGAGCUCGAAUCGAAAGACGUUGAAUUCGACUACUCAAAACGAGCACAGUGGCUCAGAGCAGCUGUUCUCGGUGCAAACGACGGUUUAGUAUCAACUGCAUCACUGAUGAUGGGCGUUGGUGCUGUUAAACAAGAUAUCAAGGUCAUGAUACUAACCGGGUUCGCCGGUUUAGUAGCCGGCGCUUGUAGUAUGGCGAUCGGUGAGUUUGUGUCUGUGUAUUCUCAGUUAGAUAUAGAACUAGGGCAAAUGAAGAGAGACAAAGAGAGGGGAAUAAUAAAAGAAGAAAAUGAAAAUGAAGGAGAGAGGGAACAUUUACCAAACCCAUUACAAGCAGCAGCUGCAUCAGCACUUGCAUUUUCAGUGGGUGCAAUGGUUCCAUUAUUAGCUGCUUCUUUCAUUAGAGAUUAUAAACUCAGACUCGGAGUUGUGGCUGCAGCGGUGAGUUUGGCUUUGGUUAUAUUUGGAUGGCUCGGAGCUGUCUUGGGUAAGGCUCCUGUGGUUAAAUCUUCUAUUAGGGUUUUGGUUGGAGGGUUAAUGGCUAUGGCUAUAACCUUUGGUCUAACCAAGUUGAUUGGGUCAAGCGCACUUUAAUUUCACCAAAUUCAAAAAUAUUUGCAUAAUUAUUUCAACCUUUAACGUAAAUUUCAUCACGAUAUCAAUGAUCAGAAUUAUAAUAUAUAGUUUAAUUAUAAUUACUUUUAUUUCUUUUUUUGGUAUAUUGGGUGGGAGUUGUGUGUAUUCUUGAAGAAUGUCAGUGGGUUACCUUUAAUAUAUAGUUUUUUUUGCGUAUUAUAUGCGGGGUGACAUGUGCAUGGAAAGAAGUUUGGGUUUGAUAUAAGAUGGAAGAAGAAGCCAAUUAAACUGUGAUAUGAGAAGAGAAGUGAUGAGUAGCCUUUAUUUGUAUUUUUUAAGCUUUGUAUGUUUCUUCUUUAUAUAGAAAUAAAAUUUCUCAUUGUUACAGAAAAUGAUUUCCUCUUUUAAUGUUCUAGCUAUAUGUAUAUAUUUAUCUCUUUUACAGCCAGAUGUGAAAAUUAUAAUAUUCAGUUGA